UAUAGGCACAUUUUGUAUAUACACGUGCUCCCGAGUAAAAGAAGUAUACACGAUAAAAGUGCAAGAAAUUUUAAUUAAAUUUUUUUCCUUCCAACAAUGAGUCGUUUUAUUUAUAUCUACGAACUGCCAUACGCCACACGAACGAAACUAUGUGAACUAUUGAAUCUAAACAGCAAGUGGAGAAAACUCGCCGGUGAUUACAUGAAACUCGAAGAUGAGACGAUAAAAAAGUUGGAGAAAGGAGACAACCCCGCGGACGAGCUACUAACAUUGUGGGGUAAUUUCAAUCACGAAAUAUUGGAAUUAUACAUUUUGUUGUACCAAAUGGAAGACUACCGGCUAAUGGUGUUCUUGCAGCCAUUUGUCGAGGACCAAUACCACGCGCUGAUGUAUCUAAGGAAAGACAAAUCCACGGAAACGUCCACUGAAGUGACACGCGUGAAAACCUCGACGAAAGCGACGAAGCAUCGAAAUGACACGUCGAGCAAAUCGUGCGAGCCAACGUCCAAGCACUCCAAGCCGUUGUUUUCGAGCUCGUUGCCGCAAAUUCCGUUCGACGAGGUGGUUUCAGCGACCGACAACUGGAACCAAGACAACUUUUUGGGCAAAGGAGGAUUCGCGUUUGUUUUCAAAGGUAUGUGGAAAAACACCGAGGUGGCCGUGAAAAAGCUUCACCGAAAAAAUUCCUCCAGUAGCGCCAAGCUGUACGAGCAGCAGUUGGAACAAAUGUUCCGCGAGAUCAAGUUGUUGAACUCGUUGCAGCACGAGAACGUAUUGUCGCUGUACGCGUACAGUAUGGACGGCGUGGAGCCGUGUCUCGUUUACCAGUACAUGAAAAACGGCUCGUUGAGCGACAGGUUGCACUUGGCGGGCGGUAGCAAGCCCCUCGACUGGCCCCAGCGGGAAAACAUAGCCAAGGGGAUAGCUCGGGGUCUGCAGUACCUCCACACGGCUCGCCCGAGGCCUUUGAUCCACGGGGACAUCAAGAGCGCCAAUAUUUUGCUCACCAAGCACUUUGACCCGAAAAUCGGGGACUUUGGGCUCGCGAGGAAAGGCUCCGCUCACGCUUCUGUCAAAGUAAACAAAAUCCAAGGGACGAGAUCUUAUCUGCCCAAAGAUUAUUUGUACACCAAGGCUUUGUCUACGAAAAUCGAUACGUACAGUUACGGCAUAGUAUUGCUGGAACUGGCGACUGCCAUUGCUGCUUAUAACAAAGUGAAAUUGAAAGGCGAAUCCUUGAAAAAUUACGUCGACAGUUUUGGGGACAAUUUAGAAGACAUUUGUAAAUUGAAAGAUAAAAAAGCCGGCGAAACAGGUCGUGACAUAUUCAUGUUUCUGAUACUGUACGGGAAGUGGUGCUCGCAAGAGUACAAAGAGCAGAGACCAGAAAUGACGACCGUUUAUGAAGCCAUGGCCAAAUAAUAGAUGCACAACAAUUAUUGUUUGUAUCUAUCGAUUUUACAGCUCGCACUUGCACUACACGUACACAUUCAUCAUUAUAUACUAGUUUUUGACUUGCUACGUACUAUAUUCAAAGAGAUAUGCGUAUAAAUUAGUUUAAACGA